AUGAUAGAACCCCAACCAGUUUCGGUCUCUGCUAAAACACCACCAUUUCCUGCUUUUAAUCACAAUCUGGCCAAACCCUCCCCAAUCAAGACACCACAUGUAAUUGCAAACCAUGUUGCAGCCCAACCACCCCCUGUUCAUACAACUAAGCCGCAACCUGCAGUCCCUAAUCACAUUGCAACCCAACUGCCCACACUGAAGCCACCACCCUUAAUUCCAAAUCAUGUUGCAGCUCGAUCACCGCCCUUUUCAUCAACACCACCACCAUCUACCAUCGUUAAACAACCCCUUUCCAGACCUAAGCCACCACCUGUUGUUGUUAACAAGACGACACCACCACCCCUCCCAAAAAGAAACCCGAACCACCAAUGA